AUGGCCGCCGACACAGCGAGCGCCGCCGGCAGUGUGCCUUGCCCAGACCCGUCUGUCCAUCAACACGCACAUGGGAAGGGUACUGGUCUGUCAGAGGCUGCUUCGACGGCUGCUCUGAUCGCCUCAAACAAUCACAAGGGAGAAAACUCGAGGGACUCGCAGCAACAACAAGACUUGCUGGACGCUGAUGGACGACUUUCCUCAAGAAGCGCCGCGACCUCUCUCAAACACGCCAAUGCUCGAGACCUGCCCAGUUUCCCUUCCACUGGCAACACCGCCGGCUCCGCGACCAAAGCCGCUCUUCUCGCUAGCGACUACAAGAUGCAGGAACUUUGGCACCCCGAACAAAGCCAGGCUGGCUCCAAGGCUGCCCUGCUCGCGCAGCAAAAGGGCGCCAAGCUAGAUCUCUGGGAACACCAGGCAAGCGCCGAGGGACAAUCCGCCGCUACACUGGCUUUCCGUAACAAAGGACUCGGACCGGAGAUCUAUCAGGGCAACUCUGCCGAUAGCAAGAGCAAAGCACUCCAAGCAGCCACCAUAUCAGCUAGCCACGGCCGUCAGCGCGCCGGUUCUACUCCCAUCGCGCCCAACCCUGCAUACCCGGACUCGGCCAAUGCGACCGCCAAUGCAUUGAGUGCUGCCACCGCCUCGGCUCGUAAUUCCACCAUGGGUGGUGCGGGUUGGGACUCGCCGGCCAACCAAGCUGCUCGAAUCAUCAACAGCAAGACUGAUCGCGGCAUGUACACCUCGGACAUCCACUUCGAAUCGGAGGACGACAAGCAUCAGGCAGCUCUCCGCGCAUCGGCAAUGUCAAUGGCCAAGCAGAUCUACGCGACUCAAAACCGUUCCAUCAUGGUCGCCGAUCCGGAUGGUGGCGCUGGUGCGGAAGCUGCCAUGUCGCGCAACUCCACGGGUCCGCAAGCUGAUAUCAAGUUGGAAGCCAUGCGCUACAUCCAUCUUCAGGAGGCUGCACACAAGUUGGCCGCCGAAAGACUUGCCAAAGUGGACAAGAACCUGGAGGACCAGCGAUACCGACAAUACUAUGGCUAUGAUGACAAGCCUAAGCGUCUGUCUCGCAUGUCCAUGAAGAGCAGUGCCGGCGCCGGUGGCAGCAGGCGUGGACGUAAUCGUGCCAACAGCGAGAGCACCCGCCAGUACAGCGACGACUCGGAUGAUGAAGCGCAAGCCAGCCGCAUCCGUUCGCAGAUGUCGAAGCUCAACAGCGGUAUCAACACUGUUGAUGCGAAGAAACAACAAGAUGAUCGCGCGAGGUUGAUGGCCCUGGCGGAGAAGCGUGUCUCCGCGCGCAUGCAGACCAUGGAUGAUAAAGUGUUUGCCGAGACUGGCAAGGUCUCGCCGGCAAUGCAGGCACAGUGGGAAACAAAGGCUCGUGAGAAGGCCGAGAAGGAUCGUGAGCUGCGCGCUCAGAACCCUGGCCAGACCCACAUCGGAGGCGGAAAGUUCAUGGCCGACUCCGAGAUUGAGGCCAUUGCCGCCGCGAGGCUGAAGCCGACUAUGGAUGCGAUUAACGAUACGGCAGAGCAGAGGCGAGCCAGAGAUGAGGAGCUGAGACAGCAGAGACAGGAGGAAGAGAAGGUCCGCAUGGAGGAGACCGCAAAGAAGCAGGCUCAGAAGGCUGAAUUUAAGAAGAUCAAGGACCAUGACAAGGCCAUUGCUCAAAAGGAGAAGGAGGAAGAGAAGGCGCGCAAGAAUGAAGAGAAGCAGCGCGCCAAGGAGGAACAGCGCAAGAGUCGUGAUGUCCAAAGGGAUACUGUCACCGCAGGCACGCUUGGCGCGGACGAUGACGAUGCUGAGACUUCGAACGCGGGCGUUGAGCGCCAUCGAUCCGCGCUCGCCCGUCUGAAGGACAAGUUCCGCAAGAGUGGUACCCACGCCGAUGUUGCGCACCAUCAUUCGGAGAACAAGCCGGCGCCCGCAGUCGUUCCUGCCACCGCCACUGCAGGUGAAGAUGCUGACCCGAAGGAGAAGGCUGCUGAGAUCGACCGUGACGACACUCCACCUCCGAUGCCAAUCUCGCCGGUGACUGUUCGCGAAGAUGCUCCACGACCAUCGUCCGAGGUCUCUGACAGCAAAUGGAAGCCAGUGGCCGUUCCCAGCAAGGAAGUCGCCGACGACAUCAUCCUCGCGCCGACCACUCCCGCCAUCGCGUUCGAGGACACCGACGACGACAAACUGCAGGCCGCACGCCCGACAUUCGAGACGCAGCCCAGCUUGUCUGGUCUCCACGGUGACCACCUUGCUGCGACUGACGGGGACAAAAUGCCCAACUUGGAACGCCACAUCUCAACCAUCCCCGACAGCGACUCCAGCGACUCCGACUUCAGCGAUGAUGAGCGAACCGCCCGACCUGAGAACAAGACUCUGGGGGAGACAAAUGCCCAAGUCAUCGCCAACCGCGUAGUCACCGCUCCCACGCCCAGCGUGCCCGGCGAGGCACCCCUUCCAACCAGCGAAAAGACCGACGAGACUCUGCCCGCCAGCGAAGCCUCCCGCGAGGCUGUCCCAUCCAUCGAGACUCCCGCCGUCGCCAGCCAGGACGUCGAGACCAAGUCCACCCCAUCCACUGCUACUACCGCCUUGCCCGCCGUACCCAAAACCUCCGCCGCCGAAAAGGAAAAGCACGUCGAGGAACCUACCGCGGAUAAAGACAAGAAAGGCGUCCGCGGCCUCUUCAGCAAACUCCGCCACCGCCGCGACGCCUCCGAGUCGACUUCUAAGACCGAAACUCCCGCUAUGGCUUCGACUUCCAAGUCCAGCACCACCACCUCCUCGGCCAAGAAGGACACCAGCAAAAUCCCAGAAGCAGCCGGCGCCCUAACCUUCCCCGUCGACCACGACCUCUCCACCUCCUCUUCCGAUGACGAGGAUGACAGGAGAGGACGUACCGGAAGGAACAGGCAAAUUCGCGAGGGAAAGAGUCUGGGGUUUGGGAAUAGCCGGACCACGCGCGCGAAGGAGGUGGCAAAGGAAGAGGGGACGGAGGAGGAGGAGGGUGAAGAGGAGCAAUUCGAGGAGGCGAGGGAUCAUUUCGAUGAGAGUCUUGCUCCGCCGCCGGCGUUUGGGGCGGAGGGGAAGAAGAGUAGUAGUCCGUCGAGGGAGACGAAGUUUGUGGAGGAGUUGUAG